AUGGGGAUCAGGCGCAUUGUAAAGACCAAGGCCAAGGUCAUGGUGUACCAGAACCCUAUCUGGGUGUUGCAUUCUGCGUGUGCAGAUCCAAGCGAAGUGUCCCUCGUCUACGACUCGGAUAGGAAGGAAGCAACACUCCUGGCCAAGGACCCCGCUACUGGCGCAAUAACGCUUACGCAGAAUGUCAAGGGAUGCGGCUAUACUCAACCGGUGGACAGAUUUCACCAGUUCAAGGACGUUUCGGGGCACAUCCUUGGAUUUAGGUUCCAAACGGACGAAGACACCGCCGAGUUUCUCAAGCAUGUUAAGCAGUAUCGAGCACGGGUGGAUGAAGAAUCUACAGCCGCAUCGGCCGGGUCAUCAGGUGCCAGUUCCCGCCGUCAGAAACGUGCCGCCCCACAGCCACCUGGAACAGGAGGCUGCUCAUCAUCAUCAUCAGCAGCAGCAGCAGUAGCUGCAGCAACAGAAACUGGUGUUGCACCGGAUGGUGGACUUGUACCAGCAGCAAUUAUAGCCCAAAAAAGAUUGGAAGCAGCCGUUCUAAGACCGAUACGUGUACAUAUUCCCGAGUGUGAACAGCUCAGGCCCAUUCCAUUGCCGAAAAAGGAGCGCCAUGCGCAACGGCUAUCACAAUUAACCGCUCAGCCAGAUAACUUCUCUACCACCCUCACAGCAGAGCGCACGACACAGAUUGCAAUUGUAGCCUCACAAGUCGAUCUUGAUGCUACUAACGUACCUGAAGAAUCUGCUGUUGCUGGUGCAUCGUCGGCCAUAACAUCACAUAGAAUGGAAACCUCUAGUUUACCGUCGCCACUCCCCGGAAGCCCAGUUCCUGAUUCCACGCCCAAGAGCCAAUCGCGCCCCGAAAGCCUAGGUCCAGUUGCCAGGGCCCUGGCGGAACUGGCAAGACCAGCACCUGCGCCAGUUCCGCUCGUUGUCGAUUCUUCACCAUCUCCUGCACCAGCAGCUCUGGCUCCACCCCCGGUUCCCGCAAGUGGUCCGCCGGCGCCGCCGCCACCGCUUCCAGCCGAUCUCUUCGAUGUCCCGGAUCUUCAAUUGAAGAUCAAGAAGACAGCCAAACAAGCCCAGGCGCUCAAGCAGGCGAGGACGGCGCAGACAAUGAUAGAUCAGCUUAACGAAAAUAUCAGAAUGAGAAAUCUGCGCGUUCAUCCUCAAAGCGAAGACGAAGAUGACAGAGCGGCCGAAUAUGAGGAUGAUUACGGUGGCCAAGCCGAUCAACCAGCGCCAGCAGUAGCUCCUAAGCCCGCCACAGCUCCUAAGCCCGUCGUAGCUACGAAGAACGAGAAGCCGAAAGAAGAACCACAGGAGCCAAAGGCAAGAAAGCCAUCCGAGGUAAGAGCAGCUGCCAAAGCCGCGAAACCUGUCACUGCCACCGAGCUCCAGAACAUGAAAGCUGAAAUAAUGGAAGAAGUUAAGCAGAUGAUGGCCGAUCUAAAGAAGGAAUUGUUAGAUGCCAUUGAGGGCCAAUAUCCAGAGGAGGAAGACUGA